GUGCCAUGGGUGGUAGUCAUUUAGCAGCACAGCAUUACACAUGGGCUGUUUUCUUAAAACGUUCAUAAGGUCUCCUCAAACAUUGAAUUUUUAAAUAAUCAAUACGAACACAUCACCAGGCCAUACUUUUUUCACCCUUUUGGAUUACUUUUUGAUCUCUGACAAAAAAAAUCCCCCAGUUGGAUUUUUCACAUGCUACAAUUGGAUUUGGUGUCCACGUCAAAACAUUGAGGAAAUAAAAUCUACAUGGCUGAGUGAGGAACCUCUGAGAUAAGUUACAGCACUCUUUCUGAUGGCCUUUACUUGUUGACAAUGCCAUAACGUGUGAACUUGUUGGAAGAAUUACAAGUUUUGAAGUGAAAUUGUGACAACCUUCUAUUCUCAAACACUGCGCUGGGUUUGAACGCAAAGAAAAGGUCAAAGAAUAAAACGUUUUGUGGAGAGCUAUUUUAAGAGCAUGUAAUUUUCACGCAUACAUCAUCCACUCAGUGGCAGAAUGACUCAGAGAGAAGGAAGUCAGAGGUUGGCAAAUAAACAAGCUGUCAGCCAGUUUACAGUAAAGUAAUGACAUGGUGAUGUCUGAUAGUGCCCCCCUGGCUCUGUGAUGUUGUUCUGGUCUCAUCAAGUGGCCCAGCUCUCAAAAGCUGACCAGAAGUGAACAGGUGUGAGGGGGAGGGGCCAUUCAAAGAGAGGAACAGAGGAGAGGAGGGAAGUUAUUUUUCUAGAGCUGUUCAUCUGUGGUUGAUAUAAGCCCUACUCUAUGACACACAUCCCUUUUUUUUGGAAAAAUAUACAUGAACUGUGUUGACAUGUUCACAUUCUGCUGAGAACACCAGGAAACGACAACUUACCCUGAGGAACAGCUAUGACUUUCCAGAUGCAAUCAAUUUUUCCUGUGCUGGCCCAAGAAGCAGACUUGGCCCUCUUUCGCUGUGAGGAAGGAGUGGAGACAGCACUGCAGUACGGCAAGAUGUGGUGCCGCUAUGCCAAGGACCUUCUUGCCUGGAUGGAGAAGAGAAUCUGCUUGGAGCAAGAAUUUGCAAAAAAUGUGAUGAAGGCAGCUGAAGGAGCAAAGGUCAAUGUGGUACAACAGGAAAUGAUGCCACUACAGUAUAUUUACACCAUGGCCUUGGAACAAGACAUAAAGAAUAGUGUGACCUCCAGAAGGACUUCAGAGCUCUUGCACAACCGCUGCUACCAGGCUUUGGCUGACAAGAGGACCGAGAUCGAUAAGUGGCGCAGAGAGUUUAAAGAGCAGUGGGCAAGGGCACAAAGGAAGAUGAAUGAUGCAGUAACAGCUUUUAAAAAGGCCAAGCAUCAAUACUUCCAGCGCUGUGAAGAGCUGGAAAAGGCGAAAGCAAUCUCAGCGAAAGCUGUGGAUGAUACAGUUGGAGUAAAAACACUCGAUAAGAGGAGGAAGUCCAAGGAUGAAGCCCAGUCAAAGGUUUUAGAGGCAGAACUUCUCUACAGACAAGGUGUAAUUGACGCCCAGUUCACCCAAGACGAAUUAGUAAAGACCAAAGAAAGAAUCAUUUCUCACAUUCGCAAGCUCAUCUGUCAGGGAGACAAUUUGCUCAAAGAGGUCACAGUCAAUAUGUUCUACUACCAGCGACAGCAGACAGAGCCCAUGCCUCUCAGUUAUCAGAACCUUGAGUUGACUUGCAGAACUGUAGAGCCUGGAGAACCCUAUGUGCUUUAUAUCCUCAGCAAGCGUCGCCCUGAGCAAACUCUCCAAACCUUCACCUUUCAGGACUACACUCCUCAUGGUAAAAUCACCAAAAGAAAAACCAGCAACAUUCUCAGCCCUCUGCAGGAUUCUUUACCAAUGACAGAGGAUAGUCCUUACAAACGACUCACUGAAGGCAGAAAAACAGGGCACAGUGACAGUGAGAGUAUUGGUGGCAGUUUGGAAUCCCUUUCGAGCCCUGCUUACAGGAGACUUCCUAAAACCGGAUCUACUUUGACAGUAUCAUCAGAUGAUUUGGAUGAGCGGGACAUGGUGUCAGAACCGGAGUAUGCUGAUGGCCAGUCGGUAAAAACACGAAUGUUUUCCCGAGCUGCACUGACACAUCGGCUCAAAAAAAUGAAAAGCAAGAUGGUUAAAUGCAAACAGUGUGAUAACUACAUUGUUGUCAGUGGGGUUGAAUGUGAGGAGUGUGGGCUAGCUUUCCACAGGAAGUGUAUGGAGGUGUGUCAGCUGGAGUGUGAGCAGAAGAAGGGCACAGUAUUUGGAGUGGACCUCUCUGUGAUUUUACAAGACAGGCCAGAUGAGGUGCCGUUUGUUGUUCGAUGCUGCACAUCUGAGAUUGAAAGUCGUGCUCUCUCUGUUCAGGGGGUAUAUCGUGUGAGUGGAUCAAAACCUCGUAUUCAGAAGCUCUGCCAGACCUUUGAGACACAGAAGGACCAGGUGGACCUUUCUGAUCUCUCUCCACAUGACAUCACAUCGAUCCUAAAGCACUUCUUCAAGGAGCUUCCGGAGCCUCUAUUAACCUUUGACCUGUACAAUGAAUUCUUGAGGGUGGGAAAGUCCUUUCAGCACCUAAGUGAAAGGGAAACCUCACCAGACCCCAAUGAGAUAAUGGACAAUAUUUACAAAUUACAAAAGCUACUGAAAAAGCUUCCUUCACAUUGCUACACGACUUUGCAGCACCUUAUUUCUCAUCUGCAAAGAGUUUCAGAGAAUUAUGAUAAUAAGAUGUCCCCAAGCAAUCUGGGCAUUGUGUUUGGGCCGACAUUAUUGCGCCCUCUAGUGUCUACGGACAUGGCAAUGAUUGCCCUUCUGGAGACAACCUACCAGUCUUUGCUUGUGGAGUUCCUCAUCACACAUCAUGACAGGAUUUUUGGCAUUGAGCAAAGCAUAAAUACACCCCCUCCCCCAGCCCCUACAGCACCUCUCCCAGAAACACCUCCCAGAGCUUCCUGUCCCGUGGAUGGAGUUGUUUCGGACUUGGAUCUUGACACUUCCCCUAGAGAGCGUCCAAAGUCUGUAGAAAAACAAGUUAUCAAGAGAGACUCAAGCGAGGGUUAUGUAUCUGACAAGUCUUCAUCCAAUGAGGCAGUGGACCAGCUGAGCCUUGAAGCCAGUGAGAGUGCAGUCCUAGCUAUGAGAGCAACAUCAAGUGAUUCUCAAGGCAAAGCUACAGGGAAAUCUUCCUCUGAUUCAGGCACACAACCACAUUAUCGUUUUACAAGACAGCCUGUGAAGUAUCACCGGUAUCAUAACGUAGGAACUCAAUUCUCUAACCCAGACUUUGCAACACCUCAGCCAGCAACUCCCAAAAGGGUCAGUCAUCGGAGUGCAGACAACAGCAGCAGCUCCUCUCCAGAGGCUGGAUCACAGAGCGUUCUACAAAACUUAGAAGGCCACUAUGAGAUCAUUCAGCAACCCCACCAGGUUACUACAAUAGCAGAGGGUAAGGUGGAUGUUCCACUGAGCCCUAGAGAGGUUGUGCAGUACAUGCUGGGAGUGGACACCACAGUUACUUCACCUGGAGAUGCAGUUCCAUCCAGUACAACUGAGAGGUCCCCUCAUGAAAUGACAAGAUGGAGACAAGCUGAUAACAAUGCAAAUUUGAGCAGUAAUCGACACAGUGUUGGACAGAAUCGCAUUCACCAUCCAAAAACCAUCUCUGCUGAGCAUCACCUGACCUCUCCAGCCCAGAAGAUCCUGUCUAGUUUGAAGCUAAGACGCAGCCACUCGGAGAAGGAGGAGCAACUCUUUGUUUAAGGAAAGUUCACAAUUUAGCUACUGUCAUCAUCUACAUACACUGAAGGACUGCACUUAAUUUACACUGUGUGUAAAAACCAACGGUGACUGAAACAGUAAAAAUUGACUACAUUCAUGUAGUUUUAUAAAAGAAAAUCAUAUACUGUAUUUUGUUCACUCUGAUUCCCGUACCUUAUCUGCAACUACUACUGCAUUAGUCCCUACUUUAAUUUUUAAGAACUGUAACUUUUAGAAAAGUUUCAUAUCUCAAACUCAAUUCCAAAACACAUUAAAUAAAUCAGGGAUGAUGCUUACCUGGACGCCCUAAUACCUCUAAAUCACCUUCUUUUAACUGUUAACCCUCCAGUAGUGUAAUGCAACAGCCAUACAGUAGAUGUAUUUUUCUAGUGUUAAUUAUUCAGUAUUUGAAUGUAACAUGCAGGUGCUUUCAAUUAAAACAUGCAGACAAGCACAAAAGCAUGAUUUUGUUAUCAUGUGAAGACCAUAAAUGUUUGGUUUUAUAUUUGUUUUAUAUUCAGUAUUUUAAUCUCCAGAGUAAUAUUGUCCACUUAGCUAAAAUAGGCUUUAUUAGUGUCAUAUUGUUAUUAAUAUUAUCAUGUCAGUUUUAGUUUAAGAUAAAUGCACCUUUCUUCUUUAGACACAAGAGGGCGAUAGUUCGGUGUAGGAGAAAACCAUGUCAGAAACAACAGUACAAAGAUAAAUAAAACCUUUUAUUAUUUGCA